CCAGACCACCUUAGAAAAUGGCGACUGUGAAAUAGAUGGAAGACGAAAGUAAGAAAUUUUCAAAUGCAGCGUAUAAAUUGUUCACUGUCUCCAUCCACACAGCUCAGAGGCCAUGGCAGCUGAAAUGUCAUGUCUGACAUGUGUUGAUGAAGAUGACAAGGGUGCUGAUUCUGAGAUCAAUGCCCUCUCACUCCUGCAAUUGCCAGUGAGAAUGGCUCAAGAUUCAGCCUCUUCUACUGAUUCUUUUAGCAAGUGUUCUCUGAAAGAAAACAAUGUCCUAGAUGUUCUGUCAAACACUGAUGUGUUGUCUCCAGUUGGCUUGGGAAAUGGACCUUCUUCGCAUCAGGCUACACAAGCCAAUGAACUCAAUAGCCUGUCCAUGGAGAAGGAGGAAGAAAAGAGCAUCACUCCACUAAAAACUGUACAGGAAAUUGACACCGCAUCAAUUUGGGGCUUUGAUGCAGACUCACCUGAGAACACAAUGGAUAACGUGGAUAGUGCCGGAAACCUUCAUUGGGACCCUCACAAAGAGUUUAUGCAGUUUCUGUGGGAGAAUGGGGAUUCUCCCUGUGGGGAGCCUAAAGAGGAAAGUCCUACUAACAGCCAAAGGAGAAGAAAGAGGAAAAUGGACAUGGUUGUCAUGGUGGAUCCCUCAGAAGACCUUUACCCUGAUCUGAGCCACAAGUCAUCUGAGGAAUUGUCUGAUGCUGGAGACCCAGUAGACUCCAGUCCUGGCAAAAAGGUUGAAAACUCAAGGAACUUCCCUAAUUCACAGUCGUUGCCAACAGAGAAUAUUUCUAAGUAUCCCAAUGGCACUGUAAAGGCUAUCAAGGAAAUUCUUUACAGUGCCCCAACAAAAAAUUCACACUUGAACAUUGUGAGUCAAGAGCUUUCACCAUUGAAGGGAAGUUUUACAAUAAAUUCGCAUUCUGGAGAGAAGUCGUCAUGUUACCCUUGCUCAAAGUGCAAGCUCGUUUUCAAGAAGGAGUAUCAUUUGCAUAGUCAUAUGAAGUCUCACGGUGACCCAAAGCCUUUUAUAUGCUGUGAAUGUGGACAGUCAUUCAGACAAAGUGCUUCACUUUUAGAGCAUAUGUCCAUCCACCAGAAUAAAAGAACAAGAGUUGGUGAUGAAAUCAAAGACAAGAAAGCGAAGGCAAAAGAGUAUAAAAACAGGAAGCUUUUCUGCCCUCAGUGCUCAUUUGCAACAGCUUGCUCAAACACAUUUGUUCAGCAUGCAAAAACACAUGACAAAAACAAGAGAAAGUUAAAAUGUCUCAAAUGUAGUUUCAUGUCUAUGAGUGAGAGUGACCUUAGGAGACAUUACAUUAUGCAGCACACGGUUAUUACGGAUAGGACCCAGGUCCAGAAUGGUGAUUCUGGAACAUUCUCAUGUAACAUUUGUUCUUAUAGAGCUUUUAGCAAAACUGUUUUCAGGAAUCACCUUCUGCGGCGUCAUCAGCAAACAGUUGAGGAAUAUGACGCUACACAGCUUUCUGAGAAAAGGGCAACGAUCCAGAAUAAUCUCUCUGAAACCAUCUCCUGUUACAUUUGUUCUUACAGAGCUUUUAGCAAAAAUGUUAUGAAAAAUCACGUUCUACGUCGCCAUCAACAAAGUUAUGAGGAAUAUGAAGCUGCACAGGCUACUCAGAAAAAGGCACAGCCAUCCAAGGAGCAGCAUGUGCCCACCUGUAAAAGUCCUGUUGAAAAUGCACAAUUUACUUCUAAGAUCUCAUUUAAAAAUCAGAUCCCUUCUAAAAUAGCUUGUUCUCCUAGUGAGUCCAGUGACCUUUCAGACUUAUUCAAAAAUAGCAAGAUUAAGAGAGGUUUCAAGUCUCAGCUAACAGAAUCAAAGCUUGACAAAUCCAUCAAUGUUCUCUUGUCCAGACAACAACAUGGAAGGAAGAAUUCUGAACAAAAGAAGCACAGCAAUAAUUGCAAAACUUCUGCUCAUGAUUCUGAAAGUGAUGAAGAUGGUUCUUGUCAGUUUCCAGAACCACUGACUGUCAAGGUUGAAGAUUUCAGUGUAUCCCCAAAUGGCCAUUCCAUGACCUCUGGUGCAGCUGAAACAUAUCUCAAUCAUAUAAGUGAACCCAAGGUAAAUGUAAAUCAGUCAAGUGUGAAAAAGUCACCAUCUAAGCGAAAGAUGUCAACCCCAUAUCACAACACAUCUGAUCAAGACUCAAGCAUUAUCUUAUCAAACCCCUUUCCAAGUCUGAAGAAAAUAAACCAUGGACAAGUGGAAGACUUUGAUAUUCUCCACUUUAAAGAUACAGAUUCUAAUGCAAACUCUUAUGACAAUGGUCUCGAGAAACAAAAACAAAAUGUCAUCCAUACAUAUAGCAGAAGAAUGUCCAUGAGGGGGGCUAUGCAGGCAUCUAAAAGGCUAUUUGAGAAAAUAAAGACUGAGGAGCAAGACCUGUCUGACCCUGAAAUCAAAGACGAAUGCAUUGAAACAGAAAUAUCUCAAGAAACAUUUGACUCUCACCAAAUACCACUGGAGGAUUCCUUCGAUGAUUUAUCAGACCUGGAAGCGGACCACAAGAACUGUCCAUACUGCCCUGCAGUCUUUGAGUCAGGAGUUGGAUUGUCCAAUCAUGUCAGAGGACAUCUUCAUAGGGUUGGACUAAGCUACAAUGCACGCCAUGUAGUUUCUCCUGAGCAGGUGGCUUACCAAGAUAGGAGGCCAAGAAUUAGACGAAAGAUUUCAGCCUUACGGAGAUUGAAGAAAGCAUUACAGAUGGAGUCAGAUUCUGAGACUGUGACAAAUAUUCACUCCUGUCCAUUAUGUGGAGAUUCAUUUGAUAACAGGACUGGGCAGUCCAACCACAUCCGAGGCCACCUUAAAAAGCUUGGUAAAAACAUUUCAACAAAGAAGAAAUCCCCAUUAGUUUUACUCCGUGAAUUGAUGCGUGACAAGAAGGAGUUCCAGCGGGCUCUUCAAAUUGUUGGAAAGAGACGAAACCAUUUCCAAUACGGCGGUUCACCAAAGCUGUCCAAUGCUGAUCGGUUCACUCCACCCCCCAUUGGAAUCCCAAAAAAUAAUUCUAUUACAAGCAUUUGCACUGAUGCCAAAACACUGUCUACAUUUUCUUUAGAGGAUAUGAAAUCUGAAAGAAUGCAAGAAGAGACCAAGUUGGAUGUCUCUUCAACUGCCUUGAUAGGAAUUCUGAAGAGAAGAAAAUGUCAGGAAGACGCAAGACUAAAGGGAUCCCAGAUCUCCAAAAACAUGUUAACGGUUUCUUCAAACAGUGAGCACACAUUAGAAUCAGGAGUUGCAGCGUCAUUCAUAUGUGAGAAAGGCGAAUUCAACAGGAAGGUGUGUGUCCAUUGCAAUGCAUCUUUCCACAGUGGAGUUAGUUUGUCUAAUCACCUCCGGGCUUAUGCAAAAAGAAAAAGGAACGCCUUACUUGAAGGAACCACAUUUGACUGUAAAGCAAGGAGGCAGCGUUCGAGACCUGGCUCUAAGAAGAAGACACUGCCAUUACUACAAACCCCAGAGGAAAUGUACAGACUCACCUGCAGGUUCUGUGACCUGGUCUUCCAAGGACCUUUGUCAGUCCAGGAGGACUGGAUUAAACAUUUACAGAGACACAUUAUGAACACUAGUGUCCCUCACACUGGGCUGAGCAUGGUAGAGGUCACCUCACUGCCCAUGGACCCCCAAGCCCUCAAAACGGAUCAAGACAGCUCUCUGACACCCACACAUGCUGCCUCAUGAAGCCAAUGGGGACUUGUUUUAUUUCACUAGACUGUAUGUGUAUUUACAUUGGAUGUUCUUUCACUUUUUUUUAAUGAUUAAAUACUGGCCAAACGUACAAUAUUACUCAAUGAUGGAGGCAUUGUACAUGUACUGGACAUUUGGACAGAUGAAAAUUAAUUAUUUUGGAUAAUGUUACCUUUUCUGGUUUUACAGUCCAUUUUUCCAAAUGGACAAUGUUUUCUUGUUUAUGCAGUAAUGUAGUGUGGAAUCCAUUUUUAAUGAAAACAACUUUUACCUCAGAUUUUUCAUGGUUUGAGUCUGUUUUUCUCAUGGUUUGGGAGCACCUUUUGUUUUAUAUCAAUAUUCACAUUCGUAGGAUACAUAUAAUCAUUUAUUUUAUACUGCAUCAUGUUUAAAUCAGAGCCCACAAACUGUCUUAGGUCACAGAGUUACUGAGAUGAUAAAUUUCAACUGAAAGUGAUAGCAUAGUGAAGUUAAGAAAAAUAGAAAUGACUGCAAACAUGUUGUGCAUAGAAAGUGUUAUAUAGUAUUAGUGAAUGCAAUGUUCCUAAUACAAGUCCAAAAUCAGAAAUGAAAGUGGUGCAGAAAGAGACUUAACAUGGACAGCCUGUGCUUGUGCUGCCCUUCAUACAUCUCACCUAUAUUUAAUGUUAAAAUAUACUGUGUUGAAGUAAUUUAAUUUCAAAUGUACAAUAUCUCACAGAUGCAAUGCUUAAAAACAUUUGUU